AAUGCCGCUGUCUGCCAGCGCAGCACCGAUCGAUGGUCAGGCCGGUGUUUCAACGCGUUAAACGGUAGAGAUCAGCCGGUGGUCGAAACGCUUGGUCUCGGUGGAAAUCGUUUGAAGUGACUGUUGAUGAGUGAAUGAGAUCCGCGUGAAGAGAGACCAUCAUCAUCAUCAUCAUCCUCCUCCUCCUCAGAGCCGAAGACAAACCCAGCAGGAGCGAUGGCGAGUCCCAGAACCAGACGAGUGCUGAAGGAGGUCCGGUCCGACGACGAGAACAAUGUGUGCUUCGAGUGCGGAGCGUUUAAUCCUCAGUGGGUCAGUGUGACGUACGGGAUCUGGAUCUGUCUGGAGUGUUCGGGCAAACACAGGGGCCUCGGGGUCCAUCUCAGCUUUGUGCGGUCUGUGUCGAUGGACAAGUGGAAGGACCUGGAGCUGGAGAAGAUGAAGGUCGGAGGAAACAGGAAGUUCCGUAUGUUCCUGGAGCUGCAGGACGACUACGACCCCAGCUGGAGCCUGCAGGAGAAAUACAACAGCAAAGCCGCUGCGCUCUUCAGAGACAAGGUGGUGACUCAGGCCGAAGGGAAGGAGUGGACGAUGGAGAACUCUCCCGCCAGGAACUGGACUCCUCCGCAGGCCAAGAGCGGCCUGAGUGCUGCGCACCGGUCCAGUGCCGCUGCGGGUCAGAACCACACGCACUCCUCGGACAAGGCCUUCGAGGACUGGCUGAGCGACGACGUCAACUCCUACCAGAACGCCGGAGCGACCGGGGCGCAGGAGAAUAGAUAUGUGGGGUUUGGAAACACUCCCAACCCGCCCAAGAAAGAUGAGGACUUUGUGAACAACGCCAUGUCCUCCAUCUACUCGGGCUGGAGCAGCUUCACCGUGGGAGCCAGUAAGUUUGUGAUCGCUAAAGACAGUACCACUAAACUGGCCAACCAAGCGACUCUGAAGUUACGGGGCUAUAAACCACCGCCAGAGCCGGCCACCGAGCUGGGACAGACGCUGAAUGACAGUGUGAUCAAGCCCACACAGGAGAAGGUGAAGGAGGGAAAGUUGUUUGAUGAAAUGGCCGUGGGCAUCAGCGGUCUGGCCACCAAGGUUCAGGGAGCAGGAGCUAAAGGCUGGAAGGACAUGACCUCGUUCUUCGGUGGGAAACAGGAGGCUGCUGAUGAUGGUUCUGCUUACGAGGAAGGAUAUCAGAACCAGGGGCCCAAGCGGGACUUCUGGGAAACCUUCGGUAGUAACACGGCUCUCAGCAGCAACUCUGUAGAGCGAGGCUCAGAAGAUCAGUCCAACAACAAGAAUAGUGCUGCAGACAGCUGGGAGACCUGGGACAACGACUGGGAGAAGGCUGGAGACGGCAAGGACAGGAAGAGCCCGUCGAAGCCGGCCGAGGACUCUUGGGACAACAGCGGCUGGUAGAGGCUUCGAGCGUCUGCUUUCGUCGGACGUGGCCCUCCUUUCGUCUGUCCUUUUCCUUUCUGUUGAGAAUGAGUCGAUAAAGAUCUUUCAGACGUCUGUGUCCAUGACGGAGGCGUUUAAUAUUACAGUAUAAUGUUUGAUAUUGACACCAGCAGAGAUCUGCAUGUCAUCUGCUGUUUGUGGUCCGUAGAUCAAAAACCAGAUCGCAGUGGCUUUCCUGCGUCAUGACAGACUCCUGUUUGUUCAUGGCUUUUUAUUUUAUAUGUAUGUGUUCAUUAUGUGUGUGUGUGUGUGUGUGUGUGUAUACGAUGAGCUGUCAAACAGAUUCCUAUUCAGAGAAAAAAUCAUUUUUAUCAGCAGAGUUGUUCGUGCUUCCUGUUCUCAAUAUAAUCAGAACGACCAAACCCAUGUAGGAGCAUGACGCGUGCUUCAUCAUCCAUCACCUCAUGGCCUUUUUGGACAUCGCUAAUGUUCUUUUUCUUUUGUAGUCAUGUUUUGUUUGUUUCUUCGUUCUCUAAUAACUGCUUUACGUUGUUCAUGUUGUCAUUCCAGAUGUGAAAUGUGCUGUGCUUGUGCUCUUGGAUUACAUGAAAGAACAAAAUAUCUCAGAGUUCAUGGUAAACACAAGACUUGGACAUCAAACAUCAUUAUUUAUUCAUGUCUCUCAUUUAUUUGGUCUUUUAUUUGUGAUUUCGGCUAAACGGGAUGUUUCUCCUUACCUCAGUAAUAUGGUGGUUGUUUUCUGUAUUCUUGUCGUUCACCCCGAAUCCCUUUAUGAUGUUGAGUAUUGCUGUUCUCCACACAUCACGUGUUCAUGAGUUGAUGGACAUCUGCUGCUCUGUGGAUGUACCCGACUAGCACAUCUCUGCUAUGUAUGUUUGAAUAGUGACAACGCCUGCUGUGUCUGAGGAACAUGGGUGAGAUACACUAUAUUCUGUUAGUUAAAUAGUAUAGCUAAUAAAGCUUAAGACACCACCUGAA